AUGUCUGCACACCAACAAAUUGUUGAACACAUCGUCCUCCUCAGCGUCAAACCCGACAUUGACUAUACCAAAGUCGAGAACAUGAUAAAUGAAGUCAACGGAUUGAUUUCACUCAACUUCAAACUCCAUCUCAGUGUAGGAAAAAUCCUCCAGUCUACCUCCACUUCACCAAACUUCAGUCACAUAAUCCACUGUCGUUUCAGGUCAACGGAUGACUUGCAGACGUACAACCAACAUCCGGAGCACCUAAGCGUCCUCAAGAAUACACAACCAUUACUUGAUGACUUCAUAGUUGUUGACUUUUUAUCCAAUCGUAGUUGCGAUUCUCUGAAGCCAGGAUCUGCGAUGAGAGUUACGUUAUUGAAGUUAAAGGAGGAUUUGGUUGAACAUGAGAAAGGUAAGUUGGUGGAAGAACUUAAAAGUCAGUUUAAAAGGACAGAUGAUAUACGUCUUGGUUACCAAUGGGGAAGCGUUCUAGUCGCAGCCUCAUCAAGAUCAUAUGGCCUGUUUAUGGCUGCAAGAACAUGA